UUGAAGGUCGCGAAUUUUCUCUGCAUUUCAUUGAAUUGAAAACUGUCGGAUAUCAGGCCAGUGUAAAUAUCUGCAAGUCACGCCGCUUUAUGCUUGAGAAAACCCUUUGUUAUGGCACCCGCGGAGGAACCGAAAGUACACUUUUCGUGAAAAGGAAUGAACGUUUUUUUAGUUUUUAAGCGUUUGACAUAUCUCUCAGCUGUGCUUUAGUCGAUUUCUCGUGAAGUUUGAUUGUUGUAGGAAAACGACCGUAGACCUCUUCUUAGUAAAGCCGUGCCGUGUACAUUUGAACGUGGUUUUCUUCUGAGUGUUUCGUCUGCUUAAUCUGGAUGAGAAAAGGAACUUUUUGCGAAGUUUCUAAUCAAAUAAUUGAACAACAUCCGUGAAAAGAUGUCCACUGACAAUAGCGCUCCAACUGCUCCCGGCGAGGGAAUUUCAGCUGCUUCGGUCGCAGCGGCUUCUUUCUCCUCGGAUUCUUCGUCUCAAUCAUUGAAUUCACAAGAAAAUGUUCUGCAAUGUUCUGAAUCAUUGGUGUCUUCAGGGCCAUCAGAUGAUAGUCAAACAGAUUCUCAAGCAAUCUCCCUGGGUGGGAGUGUGUCAGUAGCCAUCCAAUUACCAGCAAAAGUUGGCAAUGAAGUUGGAUCAGAUGCGUCAACUUCUGAUAGUGGUCUCGGCAAAGAUGCCUGUGAUACAGAGGGGAGAGUUACUGCUCCAACGCUGCCUUUUGUGCCCCAGCCACAUCUUACUGACAAGUUGCCAGUUCCAGCAUCAAAUGGUUUACAUUGCUCUCCUGGAUUCCUAGCAGCUAGCAACCUUUCUCAGUUGGCAGAAUUAGCUGCUAAUAAAUCUGCUAUGCAUCAGACUCCAUCAAACACCACCCAGCUAUCUGCACAACCCAUUCAACCACACUUCGUUGGAAACCAAACCAGAUUUGUCCUUCCUGGUCAGGGAAUACCUCCCCCUAUCAUUGGGACAUACCCCUCAGGAACUUUGAUGCAGGUGCCAGGACAAUAUCAGGGAUUUCCCCCUGUUCCUCCCCAAGUGCCUCCACCAUUUAUUAAAGGGUCCAACAUUCAGCUUACUACUGGUGAUGUAAAGAGAGUUGAAGACCUUUCCACUGAAGAUUUCAUUCACAGCAUCAGACAAAGUCCUGAACUUAAGCUAGAGACAAGCACUGUUGUAAAAAUUGAAGAUGGAACAGAACUUGGAAGCACUCAUAUUACUUUCACCAUCAACAGCUCUAAAAUACAGGUGACUCUAAACUGUCCUAUAGAGCAUCCCUUUUUUGUAUAUGGUCAAGGGUGGACAUCAAGCAGUCCAGAACAGUCCUCAACCAAGUACAACCUUAACUGCCAGCAGUUGAAAGUUGGUGAUGUGUGUAUUUUUCUCUCUGCAUCCAAUGCCCCCAGUAUCCCCAGUGGGCUGGGAUUGACAAGUUCACCAGCUGUGCAAGUGAGUGGAGCUGGUUCUACUCUGACAUAUUCUGCUUCAGGAGUCUUGUCAAGUGCAGUGAAGUCUCCAUCUGUGAGUAGCAAUGCAGGACAAACCGUGACUUCAGUGUCAGCAUCAUAUGCCCAGACAUUGCCUGGAAUUGUUACCUUACCAGGAAAUAUACCUGGUGUUGUUGUUACUUCUUCAAUGCCACCUGGCAUUCCUGCAGUGUACCCAGGAAGUUUUCCCCCACCCCAAAAUAUUGGCCAGGGGAAAGUUGCUGGGCAGAGUGGAACUGACAGGCCAUCUGUUCCACAGCCAGUACAGGGGUUCACACCUGAUGGAAAACCAUCAGAUCCUCCACAUUCCACUACAGCAGUGCCUGGAGGUUUUCCUUUGUCUGGAGCACCUUUUUAUCAGCCACUUACAGGAACAUUCAUGACAGCCAUGCCUCCAGGACAAACAUUUGUGCAAGGAACUGUUAUGCCGCAGGGUUCUGUGGGAAAUGGGCUGCUUGUUGCCGCAGUUGGUUUUGUGCCAGGGAGACCACCGGCACCAUUUGUUCAACCUGGAAUGCUCUAUGGCUCCACACCAAUGGAAAUGUUACAAAAGGGAGGUGACAGCAAACCAGAAGAAUAUUCACAUAAGGGAAGGACUGACUCACAAACUGAAUUGUCACAACCUGAAGCCAAGAGGGCAAAAGGAGAAACAGAAGUAAAAUAGACUUUUAAUUUGUGAGUGUUUUUAUAGAUAAGAGAAAAUCAAGGGAACUGAAAAAGAGAUAUUGUUAUAUAAAUGUAUAUUAUAUCUAUAUAUAUGAGAAAAAUGUCUUUUAACUUUUAUUUAUUUGUAGGUUAGGCAAACAUCUGAAGUUGUCAUUAGUCAUGUACCAAUUAAGAGCAAGGAUAGUAACAUUUGUGUUUGCUCAACAAACAGGUGUCCCAAAUCAAAUCUCUUAAACAUAGCGUUCAUUGUUGCUGUAAACACCAAUUCCCUGUUAAAGUUUGAAAUAGCUUUUUGGCAAAAUUGAUGCAGUUCAAAAAGACAAUAGGAUAAACACAAUCAUAGUUACUUAUAAAGCGUCAUAUUGGAAAAACAAAACACAACAUAGUUUAAAACUUUACUCCAAUCUUGCUGUGGUCAUUUGUAUUUAAAAAAAAGAGAGAAUUUUUUUAAUUGGGUAAUGUUAUUUUACUGUUAUGCUAGAUACUAUUUUGUAGACAAAAGUUAGACCUCAAGGUGAAGAUGUUGGGCUAUUCCAAAAGAAGUGUUUGUCAACACUCAAUUGUUAAAUUUUCAUUACAAAGUAGCAGAAACUGUCUCGGACUGGUGCAAUAUUUAUAACUUCUUCAAGCAAGGAACCCUACGAAGCUACUAUGGCUGGUUUAGCUAGUAACAAUCGGUGAUGUGACUAUUUGUAAUGAACUAGUGACUAUUACUAAAUAAUUUAAGUUUGAAACAUUAUACUAAAAGGGGAUAGUAGCCUGGCUGAACUACCUACAUCAAGUUAUGGAGACUAAAUUAUUGAGAACUUGAUUGUGCUGGUCAAGGAGAUAUUGUGUCCCCUCGAUCCCAUCUGGAAAUUCCACUUUUCCAUUUUUUUUUACUUUUUUUGUUCAACACCUCUCCCUCCCUCCUCCCUUGAGAUAUACCAGGUACAAUGUUUAGGUUUGAUGGAAUUAUUGGGAAUUCUGAGUUAUAUCUAUCCAAAGCACAAUUUGAAAGAGUUUCAUCUUACCAAUAUGAAGCAAAGUUAGUUCAAUUUUUAAUAACACUGAUGUAUGGUGGGAUGCAAGCACUGUGAUCUCUAGCAAGGGACCAAUUCAAGCUCAAAUCAAUGUUAAUAGAUCUAUCAAAGCUGUGCUUUUAAAAAGAUCAUUGGGUGUCUGAAGGCUCAUCUGUUUGCAACUUGAGUGUCUUGCUUUCAAAUGCUGUCAUACAGGCAAAGUUAGGAAGGUCACCCCAGGACUCAAGUUGGUGGCCUGUGGCUCUUUGGCUCCGCUGGAGCACUUCUUUGAUAAAAAAAAAAAAAAAAUUAUGGGAAAUGCAAGCUACAAAUCAUGACUGAGAUUGCUUUUUGAAUCCAAUUGUUUGCGAGUGCAACAAGUUUUCCAGACCAGAGAUAGGAACAGCCAAACCAGAGAAACACCAGACAACAUGCAUUAAUCACACAUUGAAAUUUUCACUGUUAAUUUAUUUAUUUUAAGAUAACUGUUUAUGAAACGGUUUUAAAACAGUAAUUGAUUACUAAGUAAUUAAUUUACCAAUGGUAAUCGUUUGAUAAGAUUUUGUAACAUUGGGUUUUGUAAUUGCAUUUGCGAGAAUGAAAAUAUGUUGUGAUUAACUUAUUUCUUGUAAUCAUGUUUUUGCAGCAAUGUGUGUUGAAAUUUUUAAGACCAAAAAAUUAUGUUAACUUCUGCUCUCAAACAGAAUUUAUUUCUUUCUUGUGGAAAAACAAGUACAACACAACAGUAGCAGUUGACACAAGCACUAUUUUAGGUCUGUUUCCUCAAAGUGAGACCAAGGCACACAAGUAUUAGCUUUGUCCUAAACUUAUUACACUAAAAUGUAGUAAAGCUUCUUUUAUGUAACGUUUUUUGAGUGCUAAUAUUAAAUACAUACAAGUCAUAUUUUUUACAAUAGUGUUAACAUUGUCCAAGACUUGAUAGUUUGUAAUUUUGAUUUAGUGUCAAGGGUCAUUAUAUUUUUCAAUGUUAUGGCGAUGCAGCUUAGUUGGUUGCUCAACAUGUAUGAAACAAGCCAAAUCAAAUGCAACUUGCACUAUAAUUUCCAGAUGUAUUUUCUCACUGUGUGUUUGAAUGUUUAUAAUAAAUCUUUAGGGCACUAGGACUUAGGUACCAUGAUUGAUUUGUGGUGCAAGUAAAAGUUGUGACAAAUUGUUGUUCAAAUUGACUGCACUUGUGAAAUUUAUCAGGUCUAGAUAACAUACCUCUUUGAAUUUUCUCCAGUACCUUUCUGGUGCAAUUUCUUAGCCUAAAAUUAUUUCUACUCUACAAAUGUUGAACAACUGAAGGGGAAACAUCUUAAGGCUUGAUUUCUGCCAAUUCCACACCACUCCAUUGGAGGUCUCCCUGAGAAGGAGGAAUGCAGAGUCAUCUUUAAUCUUUAGUAGAGGUGCUCCCAAACAGUAAGAAGUAUACUAGGAGGCAUAUGUUCAAACUAAAAUUUAAAUUUACAAUAAUAAAUUACGAUUGAAUUUAAGAACAAUCUAACCUAAUUAGUAAUAGGACUAAAUUGAUAAAUUAAUUUUAAAUUUACACUAAAAACUGAUUUACAUGUACGUAAUUAAACUAACCAUCUAAUUAGCAAACCCUUAAAUAGUAAAUUAUUAAGAGAAAGUGAAGAAAUAAGUGAAUGAUGAAUUAGUAAAUAUAUAGCUAAAUAAUCAAGGAAAUAAAAAGUACAUACUUUAAGUAAAAUUAUGCCAAAUAUCUAAUAGUGGGUGGGCAAAAUUUCUGAUCUAAGAACAUAGAUGCUCUGCAAUGGUAAAGUACAUAGGGAUAGUUUGUUCCAUGAUACUACAAUAGAAUUUGGAGAAAAAGAAAAUUUGUAGACAUUACAGUUGCAUUGAAUCUGGUGAUAAGGAGUACAAUUUGGGAACCAAGAUGUCCUGUCCAGAGGGAAAACCUCAGGAGGAAGCUGGAUCUUGUAGGCAUUCCCUAAACUGAGGCCGACAAACUCAACCAGUUCAAAAUUGGUUUUUUCUAAAGGAGUCUAGAGCUAAACGCAAUGUGAGGAUUGCAGUAAAUCAGAUAUGUGAGCACUAGGGAACGGACCAAUCAGAGAGCAUGCCCAAGAGGGUCAAUUUUGGCAAGCUGUGCAGCAAUUUUUCAUGCUAAAAGUGGUGCAAUAAAAAAAAAAA